CCGGAAGUCUCCUGAGUUGCCAGGGCUACAGUGAGGGACACGGCCAGGUAGCGGAAGGUGCGCUGAGGAGAAGUGACAGAGUCAUGGCGGACUCGCAGCUCAUCUGCAUGGAUGAAGAACACGUUAACGUGAAGAUUUCUGAAUCCAAACCCGAGUUCUAUUACAGCGAGGAGCAGCGCGCGGCGCUCGAGCAUCUGCUGCGGAACGGGGACGGUGCGUUCAAGCUGCGGCUUCGCGAGGACAACAUCAAAGACUUUCUCUCGGCGCGCGAAGUGAAAUGGAUCCGCGAGACGUUCCGGUCAUACGACGAUCCCGAUCCUGACAACGAGCCCCGGUCAGAGCGGCGCGCGCCGCGCUCACCCCUGGGCUCGGACUCGGGAGUUCACUCCACCUACUGGCCCACAGUGUCGGACACCGAGGUACCGACGCUCGAGCUCGGCUGGCCCACCGGCGGCUUUUAUCGAGGAGUCACGCGCGUGUCGGUUUACACACAUCCACCUAAAGAGAGCAGUCCUCACAUCAAAGAGGUGGUCAGGAGAAUGAUCCAGGAGGCGCACAAGGCCAUAGCCGUGGUCAUGGACCUCCUCACAGACCUGCUCAUCCUGCAGGAUCUUCUGGAUGCAGCGAGUAAGCGUGGUGUUGCCGUCUACCUGCUGCUGGAUGAGAAAGGUCUCCCUCACUUCCUGGACAUGUGUAACAGGCUGCAGAUAUCAGCUCAACACCUCCGAAGUGUGUGUGUGAGGAUGGUGCGAGGAAGCGGUCUGGCUCUGUCCUUCGGGAGACUCCCGGGGUCACUGUGCUCCAAGUACAUGUUGGUGGAUGGAGAGAAAGUGAUGUUUGGCUCCUACAGUUUCACCUGGACCUCGUCUCGGAUGAACCGGAACACCAUCACCGUCAUGUCCGGUCACGUGGUUGACUUCUUCGAUAACGAUUUCCGCGAGCUCUACGCCGUGUCGGAGAAAGUGGACCUGUACCACGAGUUCCACAUUCCCAAACCCCCCAGACACACCAUGCCCACCCCCCUCCUGAAAGCUCCGCCCACCAACACCCAGCCCGCCCUACCUGCAUCCACCUCCCGCUUUCAGGUGUCUCUGGGAGAAUCCAAGCAGGUCAAUCUGAAAGUUCCUGCACACAAAUACCACAAUCCCAAAUACGCCCUGGUGGUGGGAAACAGUUUAGGCCUUACUGGCUCUCUGCAGGAUCUGAGCAAGCUCAGGGAAUACGCCGGAAACAGUGCAGAGAGCAACACAGAGAAGUUACACCACACCAGUGGGGGCACUAAAGAGCAGACAGACAGAGUGUCUCAGGAGGAGACGAGUGACAGUAAAGGAGAUGGAAAUAAAUCGCCUUUGUUCGGUUCAAAAAAGCAGCGCAGCUCCUUCAGGCUGUUCCUCAAAGGCAGGUCGCCCAAUCAGAGUCCAGAUCUACAGACAGCCUAUCAUAAUUACACUUCAGAUGUGAAAACAGCCAAUCAAAUACAAGCAAAGCCCACCAAUCAGAUCAAAGACUCCCCAAAACUGACCAAUCACAUUAAAGACUCCCCAAAGCUGACCAAUCACUCACCAAAACUGACCAAUCAAAUCAAAGACUCCCCAAAACUGACCAAUCACGUCAAACAAUCUCCAACACUGACCAAUCAUGUCAAACAGUCUCCAACACUGACCGAUCACACAAAGGACUCGCCAAAGACAGCUAAUCACGUGAAGGAGGUGCAGCCUGAGAACGUGCAGAUACCCAACGGCAAACUCACACCACCUUCUUCACCAGGGGAAAGACCCGCCAGUGUGGUCGAAGACGAACUGGACGAUUCAUUCGUCGUCAUAGAAAAACCGAACCUGCUGAAAUUCAAAAGCAAAAAAUCCUCCAAACUGCCCCAGAGAAGUGUGUCCAUGCAGGUGAUCAGCACAGGAGCAGAGGAAGGUUCCAGAGGACAAAAACGCAACCAGAAGAAGUCGUGUAUUCAGUCGUGAGAGCGGCGGACGCUGACCGCUCUUACAGCCGGAGACAGAAACGUUACAGCGUGUAAAAAAUGGACAGAAAAAGGCAUGGGAGUGUAAAUGUACUGUACAGUGUGGAAAUGUAGACCGGUCUCACAGAAGAAUGUUCUAGACUGAGGGCUUCUGUGUGUGUGUGUGUGUGUGUGUGUGUGUGUGUGUGUGUGUGUGAGAUCAGACUUGACAGCCACGACGCUUCACCUCGGAAAUAUGAGAUGACAAAAUUCAAGUGUUUGAGGUGAAAUGAGGAAGCCGUCGUUAAUGUGAACACAUUGCCGCGUGGUGUGUGUGUGUGUGUGUGUGUGUGUGGUGGGUGACGAGCUGUGAAACUCCCAGACGUGAUGUGUGUGUGUCCAUGCACUGGAUGGACUGCAGGAAUGUACAGUUUUUAAGAGAUUUUUAGUGACUGCAAUAAAAAGCAACCU